AUGAUGCGGAGGUCUUCAAUUAAAAUUGUUGGAUUGGCCAUUCUACUGGCGCUGAACUUUGCCAGUGCGAUGCGUGAAGAAGACAAAGGUCCUGCUAGCAAGGUGGAAAUCCUGCCUUCUUUUUGGGAGCGACUUGCAAGGGAAAGAAUUCAACGAUCCAACACAUACUACCGAGAACCGACCAAACCAGCUAAGAAUGUGAUCCUCUUUCUCGGUGAUGGCAUGGGUAUACCCACAGUUUCUGCUGGAAGAUUCUUCAAAGCUGAGGUGGAGGGGAGAAUGGGUGCCGCUAAUCCAUUGAUGGAUUUCGAGGACUGGCCCUUCCACACCCUCUGUCGUACCUACGAUCUGCACACAGAAGUCACUGAUUCUGCCAGUUCUGCAACUGCCUAUCUUGGUGGUUCGUUGAUAUUAAAAAAUGGCCAUGUACGAAGGGAUGGUAAAGUGAACCAACAGACCGUGGUUGGCAAUGACGAUAAUCGACUUAGAGAGUGCGAACCACAGUUGCACUAUCCUUUCAACAAAUGUGACAUCUGUAUUUCAGGCACAAAAACUACCACUGGUGUGAUUGGUUUGACUGGUGAUGUUAGACCCAAGGAAUGCAGAGAGUAUAAGGAGGAGGAGAAGAUUGACUCAGUUUUGAAGGCUGCUAUUCGUGCUGGAAAGGCCACUGGUCUUGUGACCACCUCUCGAAUCACUCAUGCCUCGCCAGCCGUGGAAAAGUGUAUUGUUGAUAUGGCUAAAGAUUGCAAAUCAGAGAAGGACAGUCCAAAAGAUAUUGCUAGACAAUUGCUUGAAGAAAAUCCCGAAAUCAAUGUUAUUAUCGGUGGAGGUUCUGCCAUGUUCUAUCCUAAAGAAGCCAAAGGUCUCCGUAGUGAUGGACGAUACAUUGCUGAAGAAUGGCUCCAGCUCAUGCAAAGUCUCGGUCGAAACGCCAAGCUUGUUAACAACUCAAAAGAAUUCAUGAAAGCAAACGUUACCAGUGCCGAUUAUCUUGUUGGUCUUUUGUCGCCUUCCCACAUGCCCUACGAGGCGGAUAGAGACCCCGAUGAAGCAUCUAUAGUGAAUAUGACAACUGCAGCCGUUGAAAUACUCUCACGUCAACCCAAUGUAUUUGAAGAGGCCAUUCGCGAGGCUUUAAAGAUGGUUGAUUUGGAGGAGACGCUGGUUAUCCUCACAGCCGACCACUCCCAUUCCUUCCAUCUCGUUGGCGAACCACGCAGACUUUCUAGUCUUCUAGAUCUUGACGAAGGCUAUGGUCCCAUCGCAUUUGACGGCAAGGGUAUGACCCCUCUCAUCUACUCCUCAGGUCCAGCAGGAAAAGUGAAUACGACUCGUGAUGAUCUCAAUAGCCCUAGCAUCAAAGCUAAACUCCACGAUAAGGAGUUCAGACAACCCGCGUUAGUUCCACUUUACUCAUCCACCCACGCAGGAGAAGACGUCGGUGUCUACGCAACUGGUGUCUUCAGUCAGCUCUUCCACUCCACUGUGGACAAUACAUUCAUUGCCCAAUCAAUGAAGUACGCAAUGUGCCUUACUCCCUUCGAGACAGAAGCACACUGCAUCAACGCGUCUGCAACUCUCGGGUUCUCAGCUCUUUCCAUUAUUCUGAGCCUCCUCGUUACCAGAUACAAUCUCUGUUAG